CCGAGGGGUCGAAUCUAGACGAAUAUGGAGUAAAAGGGAGGAAGAUGCUUUGCUACUUAUUUUAGAUGAGGUUGUAGCUAGUGGGCAGCGGUGUGACAUAGGAUCAUUCAAGCCUGGCACAAGUGCUAUGAUUGAGAGGCGAUUAGCUGAGAUAUGUCCUAAUUAGGGGUUGCGAGCAAAUCCACACAUUGAGUCAAAAUUAAAAAAGUGGAAGAAGCAAUACGGUAUAAUAUACAAUAUGCUAAACAAAAGUGGGUUUGGAUGGAAUGACUCUCUUAAAUGUGUGGAAGUUGAUAGUGACGAAGUUUGGAAAGCAUAUGUGCAGAGUAAUCCAAGUGCAAAGGUAUGGAGAGGUAAAUCGUUUCCGAUGUAUGAGAUGCUUGCUACAAUUUUUGGAAAGGAUCGGGCAACAGGACAUGGAGCACAAACUCCGAUUUAUAUGGUCAAUGAUUUGAAUUUGGAUAGUGGGAAUGAACAAUUUAAUGAUGUGUGUUCUCCUAUGUCUAUGAACGAAAUACAUAGUGAACCGUCCACCCGACCUAAAUCAAGAGGAAUAUUCAAUGGCAAGGAGAAGAAUUUAUGUUGUAUUUAAAUGUAGACAACCAGGGAUAUAUAAUUCUUAGCCUGAAUGUCAUCAACAAGUCCAAGGAUUUAAGGAUAAUUUAUAUCAAGCCUAUAAUACAACCGAAGAAUCUGAAAUAGCAUAUGCUGAGUAUGUAGAACAAAUGAUGAGGAAUCUAAAUGAGGCAAAUCCAAUACAACAUAUCACCGCACAUACACGUGCCAACUUGAACAAUGAAUGGCGUAAUGGUUGUAUAAUCGGCUAUUUGUUUGGAUUAUUAUCAAUGGGUGUUUUUAUUUAUUUCGCAUAUAACUAGUUAUCGGUGUAAACUCAAAUAUAUACAUUUGUAUGCAGACAAGUAUGUGAAAUCGUAGUUAUUAACAAGUUCUUAAUUAAAUAUGAUGUUAUGUUUUUUUAUUUGUACAUAUGAUUUAAUAUAUUAUAAUAUCAAUUUAAUUGGUUUUUAAAA